CAGUAGUUCCAAACUAGCAUAUAUCAUAUCUGCCAUUAUCGCCGAAGGGAACCUAUCUAUCUAAGUAGCAAGGGUACUUAUCGUCGUGCAUGAUCUGUCACACUGGAUAGCUCUCGACAGCCACCAAGGAUUGGAUUCUCAGAGCAUAGCAACAAAAGCAACGCAAGCAAGCAAGCAAGCAAACAUCAGGCUACCACGGCAUGAACGAUAUUUGGCAUUAUUUGAACGGGCAUUAUUAUUGCACGGAGGUUUCUAGAGCAACAGGUUCGCGACUUCGAUCUGGAACAAAAGGAGAGAUCACAUCUCGCCCGAGUCCGACAGGUCGUGCAUGCAUAUGCACGUGCAGGGCCAUGCGAGGAAUCAGAUCCUGCCAGGUGGUUCACAACCGGACUUAAGCGAACCAGUGCGCCAUGUCAGCCUUCGGAGUAGGGGGGACAUGAUCAGCCCUCUGCAGGGGCAGCGCGGAUCAGUGGCGCUACCUAUGCAUUCGACCGGCCCUGGUACGAUGGUACGCAUCAAAGGCCCGGCGAGCCCCUGUGCUAGUUCUGCAGGGUUGUGGCGAUUAGCGACAUUGGGAUGGUGGAUACAUCACAUUGUGACAUCCUUAGGCUGUGCUGGAGAGGGUUUGCAACGAACCAUUAGUGAGAGUGGCAGUGACAACGGCGCUAUCAGUCUCGAACCCCGUGGAGACCGUCCAGAUGUCAAGCUGUCGUGCAUGACGCCUGGGCGACAAGGGAAGAGAUAUCGCGCCAUGGCUGCAUCAGGAACCCUUGUCUGCACUCUGCAGAGUUGAUAGAUCGUGUGUUUUGACGUUGACUGACAACGUUUCUACUGACUUGUAAAUCAGGCCUAUGA